AUGGUACAUGUAGAUGUAGCCUGCACGGUCAUUCGUUUGACCCCAGUGUGGAUGUGUUUAGCUGCCCACUGUUCAGAUGGUCAUUGGCCUUCACAACUGGAGGCACUUUCUCACGUGGUGGAUUACGGUUUCUCUGUGGAUACAUUUAAAAAGAGACCCGAAGUACUCUUCACUCAUCUCUUUGUACAUGCCACUGAUGAACACCUUUUGGGAAAUAUGGUUUCACUCACAGGAACAUUAAUGGAAUUUGGUGGAGAUAGUGUAAUAGAGAAUGUAGAGGAAGAAAGUAUUAUUGUAUCGAUUCGACGCACGAUUGGAUCUUUUAUUGUAUUUAUUAGUGGUGGUAUUAUAGGUGGAAUUGGUGGACAAUUGCUAUUUAAUGACGCACAGAGAAACCGACGGUAUGGUCGUGGUUUAACAUUUCCAGGAUUGCCAAAAGGUGGAAUAAAUGAAAUCAUUGGUAAUAUUUGCAAUUCUAAUAAUAAUAGUGAUAGUUCUGGGGCCCCACUUGCUGCUCUCACAUCUCGUGUUCGUCGUUGGGCGGAUGAUAUGAUGUAUAAAAUUGAUAAACACCGUUCCGAUUCUAUAUUUAUGUGUGGAGCCAGUGCUGGUAUCUGUGCCCUUGCGGGAUUUAAUGCUGUUUAUUAUAAUCGCUGGGCCACUGCUUUGCCUUUAGUAGUGCCGGAGUUUAUUGCGGUGGUGUGUGCCUUGUUGGAUUCCACUUCUCGCAUUGCGGGAACGGCGUGGCUGCCGGCCGGUGGAGUCGUUGGACACGCCGCUCACGUUGGGGGAUUUAUGGCUGGGGCGGGUAUUGGGGCCUUGUGGAGAUGGUGGUGCUGUGGAAAGAAUAAUAAUAAUAAUAAUAAUAAUAAGAGGAAUAAUAAUAAUAAGAGGAGGAGGAAGGAGUGGCCAGCUUUUUAA